AUGAGCUCCACCCUAACCUCCUCCAUCAAGAUGAUGUUCGUCUCCGGCGAAACGGGCGAGCCCGCCCCCGAAACCACCACGCUCAUCGAAUCCAUCGUUCAAGACCAAGUCCAGCACAUGCUGCGCGAGUGCACCGUGCUCGCCACCCGCCGCGGCAGCAAAUCCAUCUCCACCGACGACCUGUUCAUGCUGAUUCGGCACGAUCGCGCCAAAAUCUCCCGUCUGCGGCACUUCCUGCAAUGGAAAGACGUCCGCCGCUCAGUCAAAGACUCCGACGACAAGGGCGGCGACGCAGGCGCAGACGUCGCAGCGGGAGACGCCGAUCUCGCCGCCGGCGUCGUCGGGGCAGGAAGCGGCCCCGGGCCCGAAGCCGGCAAGAAGGCGAAGCGCGCGAAAGUCGACUUGGUGUGGGACGUGCAGUCGUUCUUCGCGGAGAACCCGCCGCUCAAAGACGACGACGAGAAGGACGAAGAGGAGGAGGAAAUGAACUUCGCCACGCUGCAGCGCCUCAAGAACGCCGACGAGCGCACCAAGCACAUGACGCGCGAGGAGUACGUGCACUGGUCCGACUGCCGCCAAGCCUCGUUCACGUAUCGCAAGGGCAAGCGGUUCAAAGAAUGGGCGGGCUUCGGGCUGAUCACCGACUCUAAGCCCUCCGACGACAUCAUCGAUAUCCUCGGCUUCUUGACGUUUGAAAUCGUGCAGACGCUCACCGAAGAGGCGCUCAAGGUCAAGGAUGCAGAGGAUCUGUACAAGAAGACGACGGGCGGCAUGCAGGAGAAUCGGCUGAAGCGGAAGAGGGAGAGGGGUCUCUUUGAUCCACCCGAGGAGGCGCGAGAGCCGGUGCAGCCGGGCCACGUUCAGGAGGCUUAUAGGAGGCUGCAAAGGGGGAACAACAAGAGCAGAGCGAUGCUCAACUUUACGAAGAACAUCCAUCGGUCGGCACUGAAGCUGAUCUAGUCCGCUUGGAUGCAUUACGCGUUGGGACACGGCUGGGACGGCGUUAGGGUCUGAUGUGAUACCCAUGGACAGG